CUGGGAGAGGUGAACGGGGUGAGGCUCCGUGCAGUUUUAAGGAAGUGUUUCCACAGACAGACUAAAAACUUUUCUUCUUCAGCUUAGAAACACAUCAGCUACUCUCUCCAACACUCAAAUAUGGCUGUCAGUAAAGAACCAACCAUGUACAAUAAUGAGGAGAUCCGGAUCGUGAUGGUGGGGAAGACCGGAGCUGGGAAGAGCGCCACAGCGAACACCAUCCUGGGAAAGGAAGAAUUCAAAUCAAGGUUCUCCUUUAAAUCUGUGACUGAAGGCUGCGCUAAGGCGUAUGGUGAGCUGGAUGGACAGAAGGUUUCUGUCAUCGACACUCCAGGUCUGUUUGACACCAAUACUGACGCAGUGACGACACGUGCAAAUAUCGUCCGGUGUAUGGCUUAUGCUUCUCCUGGACCACAUAUCUUUCUGAUUGUCAUCAAACUGGAACGAUUCACAGAAGAAAUACAGAAGACGGUGGAGAAGAUUCAGAAAAUCUUUGGAGAGGAAGCAAACAAAUACAGCAUGGUUCUCUUUACCCAUGGUGACCUGCUCAGAGGGCAACCUAUCGAAGAGAUCUUGAAGGAAAGCGAAGACCUGCAGGAGCUUGUGGCCAAAUGUAACGACCAGUACCACGUCUUUGAUAACAACCUCUCUGAUAGUUCUCAGGUCACUGAGCUGCUCAACAAGAUCAGAAAAAUAACAGAAAAGAACACAGGAAACCAUUACACCACUGAGAUGUUUCAGAAGGUAGAGAGGGCGAUUGAAGAGGAGAAACAGAGAAUCCUGAAAGAGAAAGAAGAGGAAAUGAGGAAAGAGAGGGAGGAACUGGAGAAUUUAUCUAAAUUAUUCAGAUCAGUUGGCGAACAACUUGAGAAGGACCUUUUACUGAAUGAGAUGAUUGAAAAAAUAGCUAGAAGAGAUGCAGAGAACAGCCCUGCAUUGUUCAGAUAUUUAAUGGAAAUCCUUCAGAUAGGGUUGGAAUUUUAUCGUGUUUAUAAAGGUGUGAGAGAUUGAACACAAAAUAACAGCUCAAUAUUGCUGAAAUGAUUCUUCAACAUCAUUACAAUUUAAGUGUCUAAAACUGAUCUGACUCUGCAAAAAUGAAUGUUAUCUUUCACACGAGACACAUGUUUGGUGAAUCCUUGCUGCGAGGACAAACUUGGUGACAAAAUAAACAUCUUCCUGUGACUAUUUUACAUUCC